AUUUUUCCCAGGGGUGGCCGAACACCUUGUAUAAUACUCAACCAUGGAACAGUGUAACUGUAUUGAGUAGAUUUGUUGUAUCAGAUUAUAAAUGGAUUAAAAGUGGUAGAAUUGGAUCAUUGAUUACUGCAUAACAAGUUAUUUAUGUACAAACUAAUGAAAGACCACUUAAAUAUUUAGCUGCAUCAAUAGAAUUUAGAAUUGGAAUCCAUUAAAAUGUGACAUUUAACGAAUUUAUGUAUCCGGCGAGCAUUGCCGAGGGAAGAUACCAGGUAUACGCAACAGUACAUAUUGUAAAAUAAACCGCUGACGUAACUAUUAUAAUUUCGAUCAAUGUAAGUGCAGUCACUGGCGUUCAUGGAUAACGAAUUUGUUAAAUACAUAAAUCGGCUUCGUGUUAGAAACGUAGAAAUCAAGGAAUGCCUGAAGCAGGCCAUGUGCUUCUCCUUAGCGCGCCUCCCCCUCUUAAAGGAGGAUCGGCCAGAAUGUUUAGACAAAGAAGGACCGUACUGUCAAGGAUGCCCUCACGACCCUGGUUUUCUGUCAGGGUACAGAACUGUAUUGGCUUUUGCCGUGAGCAGAUAUACGCUACAGUUUUAAGAAGCAAGUCGUGUCGAUUUAUUUAAAACGCCCGACCGCUAUCCAGAUCCUGAUAUCGAACUUUUCUUAUAUAUCAGAAGCGGGAUUUACCGUGAGUGCAGUGCACAUUUGGAGAGGAUACUCGCGUAUUGUGUGUACGGACUAUUCGAGUGUCCUUGAACAAUAAAGUGUGCAGUUAGAGUAAGACUAUUUUUAGUGAUAAGACGUAGUGUUAAUUGUGUAUAUACUUUUUGUUCGUUGUGUUGAAUUUUGUGAACGGAUUUUGAACCGUUCGAACGAUGGAUCGUGCAUCGUGCAGUCGAUACAGCGACGCGGCGGACCAGCGACCGAGUGUUGUUGAAUCGCGGCUUGAGAAGCUGGAAAACAUGAUGGAGGAGUUUUUGCGGCAAUCGCGCGCGCGAUCGCAUGCGUCCCAACGGCGGGAUUCGCGUUCGCGGUCACGUUCACGUUACGUAGCCCGGCAAGGCGAACUCCGCGUAGACGAUCACGCAGUCCGCGAAGAAGCGAGUCGGAGUCGCGGAAUACCCGUCACGAUCGCGUGGAACGGGAACGUUUAGAAACGCGAAGUUCCGCGCCGCGUGCGAAAUCACCCAGUUACGCACGCCCAGGGGACGAAAAUUUAAUGCCCAUAUAAGACCCAUCGAAGGAAGACCUGUCAAUAGAGAAUUGGGUUCGACACGUGAACGACUUGGCAGCUCGAUUCGCAUGGGACGACAUUAGCGUCAUGCGCUUGAUCGCGACGAGAUUGCGAGGACAUGCCCGCCAGUGGUAUGAUACCCGGAUGCGAGUCGCGACCACGUGGGCCGAAACAAAGGUCCUCCUCGUGGCGCAAUUCCGGCGAACGAUGCCAUUUUCCAAGUUGCUGAGGGAAGCAGACUUGUAUGAAGCAAAACCCGGACAGGCCCUGGGAGAUUGUUGCUUCCAGAAGAUAAACUUAAUCAGACGGCUGGACAUCGACCUGAGCGACGAAAAGAUUGUCGACAUGGUCAUAUUCGGCGUACCGGACGAGACAAUUGCCAGGACAAUCAGGUCGGCGAAGCACACCGAUCCCAAUGAUCUGUAUGCGUCGAUGUGCACCAUGGGCAGCAUGCCUGGAAAGGAGGAACGAUUGCGGAACAACCGGCAGGUCGUACUUCGUCCACCCUCCGCAACGAAGACGAGCGACGGCCCGAAGAGCAAAACGGCGAUCACCUGCUUCAAUUGUGGGAGAGUAGGACACCGGGCACGAGAAUGCCGAAAGCCGAAGGCAGAGUGCAACAGCUGCAAGAAGCUAGGACACCGACAAGAGAGUUGUCCGGAAAAAGAGAAACGUCAGGGUGGAUCGAAGGCGUGAGGCUUCGAUAAGCGCCAGGAUGGACUUUGCCCGGCGACCAGGCAAAAUCCGGCAAGCGAGGGCAACGGCCUAAGCACCUGACGAGGGAGGAGGACAAAUAGGGGUCACUCAACACCGGUCCAACGGGACGGACCCAAGAAAGUUAUCCUUCGCAGAUACGACGGUAUCUUAGCGAGGAAGGGCGUUGAGCCAAACGGACACAUACGGUGUCAAAGUUGCUGAGCAUAGGUACGCAGGUACCUUAGGCAAAUAUCCUUCGCGGGUACAACGGUAUCUUAGCGAAGAAGGGCGUGAGCCAGACGGACACGACGGUGUCAAAGUUGCUGAGCAUAGGUACGCAGGUACCUUAGGCAAAUAUCCUCCGCAGAUACAACGGUAUCUUGGCGGGGAAGGACACCGAACCAGACGGACACGAAGGCUUGUCUCAGGCAGGGUGGUUGUCAGUAAGGGAUACAACGGUAUCCAUAGUUGAUCGUGAGUGGUGCAACGGUAUCACGUCACGACGACAACCUUUUUAUUUUCAGCCAAAUCAAAGGACUAAUUUUAUUGUAAAGUCUGAGGGCAGACUUGAAUGUCAGUAUGGCCGAAUGUUAGAAACGUAGAAAUCAAGGAAUGCCUGAAGCAGGCCAUGUGCUUCUCCUUAGCGCGCCUCCCCCUCUUAAAGGAGGAUCGGCCAGAAUGUUUAGACAAAGAAGGACCGUACUGUCAAGGGUGCCCUCACGACCCUGGUUUUCUGUCAGGGUACCGAACUGUAUUGGCUUUUGCCGUGAGCAGAUAUACGCUGCAGUUUUAAGAAGCAAGUCGUGUCGAUUUAUUUAAAACGCCCGACCGCUAUCCAGAUCCUGAUAUCGAACUUUUCUUAUAUUCGCGAACAUUGUGGGAGCUAACAAUAAAAUUCGAAGUUCCACACCUUAUGUUGGAUGACCAUUGUUGGUCCUGGAUGUAAAACGUAUUGAAAUAUAUUGUAUUUGUUAAAGUACGCUUAUUGCUGUACUCGAAAUUCUGGAUCGUAAAUAUCCACAAUGGCCGAACAAUGUUUGAAAAUAACGUAAAGCAAACUUAUCAAGACGCAACAGGAUUGAAUCGGGGCAUUUUUUUUAUGAAACUGAAAAUAUUUUCGUAGUUAAAUCGAUUCACAAUUUUGAACGAAGGAGAAUUUCCGAGAAAAUUCAAAGAAUUUUUACCAUCUGGAGCGGCACGCACCCAGCUUCGCUUUCAUCGUCGAUGACCACUUAUCCCUGCUCUUGAAACCAACAUAAAUAAUCUUUAUCUCGGUUUAUUCUGCGGUUUAUUUACGUCGUUUGCUCUGUAGGUUUAUUUUAUUUCGUACGGCCAGAUAAAUAUUAUUUAUGUUGCUAUCACGAGUACAGAUAAGAUAACGAAGUGAAUGAACUUUUUGUCUAUUUUCUCUAAUAAAAAAAAUAUUUAACGAAAUCAUAGUUUUCGUGUUUUUUCAACAAUUAAGAAUUAUGGCUUUGCUAUGUAAAAUCACCUCAAAGAUUAUCCAUCUGUAGAUAAAUUUUGUAGUAAAUUCUACUGUGCUACACGAACAAAAUUGUUAAACAUUUGUUCUAUAAUUAUAUAAUAAUUCUUUACUUCUGAAAUCAUCUAAA